GUGACAAAGCGUUCAGUGAUUUCCUGUCUGAUGAAAUCAAAGAAGAGAAGAAGAUCCAGAAAAGCAAAACUCUUCCAAAGAUGUCCGGAGGAUGGGAGCUGGAGAUGAACGGCACGGAGGCCAAACUCACCCGGAGCGUCGCCGGAGAAAAAAUCACCGUCACAUUCAACGUCAAUAACAGCAUUCCUCCCAACUUUGAGGAGGAGGCCGACCAGGGACAGCAGAAGUCUCCGGAAGAGCCAGAAAUUGUGUCAACGCCAAACUUUGUUGUUGAAGUAACGAAACAGGCGGCGAAACAUUCCCUGGUGUUUGACUGCCAGUUCCCCGAAGACGAGAUGGGUCGUGGUGAAGGAGAAGAGGAGAGCGACAUCUUUGCCAUCCGUGAGGUCAGUUUCCAGCCCGAGGGCGACUCCGAGUGGAAAGAAACCAGCUACACACUCAACACAGACUCUCUGGACUGGGUAAGAGCUCCCAAAAUCACAGCUUCAGGCUCACAAUUCGAGUUUUUAGCGUCUGUAUGUUUACAGAAAUGUUGCAAAUUGUGCACAAAAUCAAUAGAAAAAUGCUUAACUUUAAUAGUAUUUAUUUAUUUGGGAGAAAUACACAUAAAAAGCAUUAUUCCACCCUUUCAGCUAAGUUUGAUUUUAUUCCUGGAGCCAAUAU